AUGAAUUCUUCGCAGUUUCGGGAAGCGGCAAAGGGCGCCAUUGACGAAAUCGCACAAUACUACGACACACUAGAGGAUCGGCCAGUCUUGCCCGCAGUCAAACCAGGAUACCUCCGGCCUCUACUUCCCUCGUCCACGCCGGAGCAAGGCGAGCCAUGGGAAGCCAUCCAAGCAGAUAUCGAGCGCGUCAUCAUGCCAGGACUUACGCACUGGCAGUCUCCCAAGUUCAUGGCUUUUUUCCCCUGCAACUCGUCGUUUGAAGGCAUGCUCGGAGAAAUGUACAGCGGAGCCUUCAACGCCGCCGCCUUCAACUGGGUCUGCUCGCCCGCCAUCACGGAGCUCGAGACGGUCGUCAUGGACUGGAUAGCCAAGCUCAUUGCGCUGCCAAAAGAGUUCCUCAGUGACGGCGAGGGCGGCGGCAUCAUCCAAGGCACAGCCAGCGAAGUCGUGCUCACGGCGCUCGUCGCCGCCCGCGAACGCAUCAUCAGACGCAAGCUAGGCGACAUGCCCGAAGGCGACGAGAGACUCGACGCCGCCGCCGACAUCCGCGCCAAACUCGUGGCCCUGGGCUCCGAGCACGCACACUCUUCCACGCAGAAAGCCGCAAUCAUAGCAGGCACCCGGUACCGCAGCGUCCCCAGUUCGCGUGCCCACAACCACAGCGUGACUGCCGCGGGGCUCCGACAGACGCUCGAGGAAUGCAAGGCCAAAGGCCUCGAGCCCUUCUACUUCACCAUCACGCUGGGUAGUACAGGAACCUGCGCGAUCGACGACUUCGAAGGCAUCGCGGCGCUCGCCAAAGAAUUCCCAGACCUCUGGAUCCACGUCGACGCCGCGUAUGCCGGAUCAGCGCUCGUGUGCCCAGAGUACCAGCAUUUGUGUGCUCCGAUUGCGCACUUUGACUCGUUCAAUUUUAAUCUGCACAAGUGGCUCCUCGUCAACUUUGAUUGCUCGGCCUUCUUCAUCAAGAGGCGCAAAGACCUCAUCGACACGUACAGCAUCACCCCGACGUAUCUGCGCAAUCCCCACUCGGACCAGGGCCUCGUCACGGAUUAUCGUGACUGGCAGAUUCCGCUUGGCCGCCGCUUCCGCAGCCUCAAGGUCUGGUUCGUGCUGCGCAGUUACGGCGUCGCUGGGCUCCGCGCUUUCAUCCGCAAACACGUGGCUCUCGGCGAGUAUUUCCACGACCUGCUACUCUCGCGGCCCGACGUCUUCAGCGUAACUACGAAGCCCGCAUUUGGCCUCGUGACAUUCCAGGUCACGCACGGCGUGCUGCCUGCGGGAAACGAAGAUGCUACGGUUGCCGCGAACCGGCCGGAUCCGAGCCAUGGCGCGCUGCAGAAUGGGUUCCAGGCGGAUGCCGAGGCCCAGUACGUCGAGAUGGUGAAUCAGCGCACCAAGGACGUGUACGAGAAGGUGAAUACCAAGGGCGAUUUCUUCCUCACGAGCACCGUCGUGGGCGGCAGGUAUGUGAUUCGCGUUGUUAGUGCCACGGUCAAGAGCGACGAGAAGUGGAUGAAGAUGCUGUUUGAUGAGCUGGUGGAGAUUGCGGAGAAGAAGGCAUGA